UCUGCGGCCGUAGCUCUUGCGAAUUUCUCCGUUAACCUUCUGGUUAGGACUCAUGGAAUUCGACGAUUAUCAUCAACUACUCAACCAGAUGAAUGUCCUGUAUGCUCUCACAACGAAUGGGAUCCAUUAGAAGAAGUGAUUGUAGGGAGAGUUGAAGGAAGUGCGGUGCCACCGUUUUCAGAUGCCUUUAAACCAAUGAUCGAAAAAAGACAUUGGCCUUUCUUUGAAAAAAUGGCUGGUAAACCUUUCCCAGAAGAAGUGACAAAGAAAGCAACCGUACAGAUUGAAGAGCUCUGCAAUAUUUUGAGACACGAAGGAGUAACUGUUAGAAGGCCAGAGAUCAUUGACUUUACAAAGGUCUACGAGACUCCUGACUUUACGUCAAGUGGUUUUCAUGCUGCUAUGCCUAGAGAUAGUCUUCUGGUUGUUGGGAAUGAAAUCAUUGAAGCUCCUAUGUCUUGGAGAAGCAGAUUUUUCGAGCACAGAGCCUUCCGCCCUCUAAUGAAAGAAUACUUCAAAAAAGGAGCCAAGUGGACGGCUGCACCAAAGCCAACGAUGUCAGAUGAUCUUUAUAAAAAAGAGUUUUCUAACUUCACUGAUGCUGAGAAAAUUAAACUUGCUGAACAAGGGAAGUUUGUCACUACUGAGUUUGAGCCUUGCUUCGAUGCAGCUGACUUCAUGAGGGCAGGAAAAGACAUCUUCGCUCAACGAAGCAAUGUWACAAAUCUCAUGGGAAUCGAAUGGGUGAAACGUCAUCUUGGAGACAAGUACAAUAUCCACAUUCUCUCGUUCAGAGACGUCAAUCCGAUACACAUUGACUCCACCUUUAAUAUAAUUGGACCAGGGUUAGCUUUAUUAAACCCUGAGCGUCCCUGUAAACAAAUUGACAUGUUCCACAAGGCUGGAUGGAAGAUUGUGCGGCCACCUGUCUGGGUUGUCUCUGAUGACUACCCUCUUUGGUUAUCGUCAAAGUGGCUAUCAAUGAAUGUCCUGAUGCUUGAUGAAAAGAGGGUUAUCUGUUGUGAUCCCGACACUGCGACACGCAAGAUGUUCGAGGACCUUGGUAUCACAGUCAUUCCUGUUGAUAUACGCUGGGCAUUUUGCUUUGGUGGCGGUGUUCAUUGCUGGACUAGUGAUAUUCGUCGCAGAGGAAUAUUGGAAUCAUAUUUUUAGAUUUCUUGGUAAAAGUAUAAUCCAAGCAUGACCUUAGAGCUAAACACAUUGAAUCAAUGCAUCCUAACGCAUAAACCAUAUCAUUGUAUUAGAGUUGCUUAUAUCUACAGCGUUUAGGCUCAAUCAUCACAGUUAGGCAUAUUUUACGAAUUAAAAAUGUGGCACAAAAUGGACUUCUGUCUUGAUGGUGAUGAAUUAGAAAUAUUAAAGGCCU